AUGUCUCUGGUAGUCUCUCCGCACAUGGCUACCUUAAACCACACUGGUGUUAGCCACACAGUCUUCCACUUGCUGGGCAUCCCUGGCCUAGAGAACCAGCACAUGUGGAUCUCCAUCCCCUUCUUCAUCUCCUAUGUCAUUGCCCUACUUGGGAACAGCCUGCUUAUCAUCAUCAUUACAAAGAGCAGCCUCCAUGAACCCAUGUACUUCUUCCUCUGCAUGCUGGCAGGAGCAGACAUUAUCAUUUCUACAUGCACAGUGCCGCAGGCUUUGGCCAUCUUCUGGUUCCAUGCUGGGGAGAUCUCUCUGGAUCGCUGCAUCACUCAGUUCUUCAUCCUUCACUGCACUUUCAUGUGUGAAUCAGGGAUCUUGCUGGUGAUGGCGUUUGACCGCUACAUUGCUAUAUGCUACCCACUGAGAUACACCGCUAUUCUUACACGUACAUUGAUUGGGAAAAUUGGUGUUAUCAUCUUUUUGAGAAGUUACUGUACAAUUUUCCCCAUAAUAUUUCUUUUGAAAAGGUUGACUUUCUGUCAAAAUAAUAUUAUUCCACAUACCUUUUGUGAACACAUUGGCUUGGCCAAAUAUGCUUGUAAUGACAUUCGAGUGAACAUCUGGUAUGGGUUUUUUGUAAUAAUAUUGACAGUGGUUUUAGAUGUUCUGUUAAUUUUUGUUUCUUAUGUGCUGAUUCUUCAUGCUGUCUUCCACAUGUCUUCCCAAGAUGCUCGUCAGAAAGCUCUCAACACAUGUGGCUCCCAUGUCUGCAUCAUCACUCUCUUUUAUGGGCCUGCCAUCUUCACAACUCUUACUCAGAGGUUUGGACGUCACAUUCCUCCUCAUAUCCAUAUCUUGUUGGCUAAUGUCUACAUUCUGGCUCCACCUAUGCUGAAUCCCAUCAUUUAUGGGAUCAAGACCAAAAAAAUCCAAGAGCAGGCAGUUCACAUGUUUUUCCCAAAUCAGAAAUAA